AGUUCAUUUGUUCCUGCUUCCGAAGGUCAGCUGACGUUACUUCAGUGUGGUGACCAACAGCAGCCACUGUUAACCAGAGCCGAGCUCCCAACGUAAAACAUCGACGCUGUAGCAUUGACCAACCCACACUUCCAAAGAUGGCUGAUACAAACCAACAAAGUCCUCCGCCCCAGCUAGGGCCUCUGCAAUUUCUAAUGAGUAACAAGCUGGAAACUGCAAUGUGGCUUUCACGACUCUUCACAGUCUACUGCUCUGUAAUGUUUAUUCUACCAAUUUUGGGACCUUAUGCAGCAGCUAACUUCUAUCAGCGAGCCUUGUUAGCAAACGCCCUCACCAGUGCCCUCCGGUUGCACCAAAGGCUUCCACGCUUUCAGUUGAGCAGAGCGUUCCUGGCCCAGGCUCUUCAGGAGGAUAGCUGCCAUUACCUGCUGUACUCACUCAUCCUGGUCAACUCCUACCCCAUCACAAUGAGCAUCUUCCCUGUCUUCCUCUUCUCCUUGCUUCAUGCAACUACCUACACCAAGAAAGUCCUUGAUUCUGUGGGCCCCAGCAGCUUGAUGUUCAUCAGAAACCUCCUGGACAAACUUACAACCAAUCAGCAGAACAUUCUCAAGUUCAUCGCCUGUAACGAGAUCUUCUUGAUGCCAGCCACUGUUUUCAUGCUCUUCAGCGGCCAGGGGAGCUUGCUGCUGCCUUUCAUCUACUACCGGUUCCUCACUCUGCGUUACACAUCCAGAAGAAACCCUUACUGCCGCACCUUGUUCACAGAGCUGCGAAUUCUUUUGGAGCACUUCAUCAUGAAGCCUGCCUGCCCUGUCUUCUUCAGGAGGAUGUGCCUCAGCAGUAUCGCCUUCGUCAGUCGUCUCGCCCCCACGGGGGUCUGAUUGCGCUACAUAAAAGUUUUGUUUUCUUUUUAUGUUUUGUUUUUUUUCCACCAUUUAGGAUGUGACUUAAACUUUGAUGGGGACAGACAUUGCCAUCAACAGAAGGAACUGUUUUUUGAAUGUCAACUUUACAGUCUGUGCUCCAACUUCUCUGUAUACUUGAGUACAGUUGAAGACCAGCCAGUAAUGCACUGAAGUCUCAUGGUGAUAUUUCUUUCCCAUCUUCUUAAUGUGACCUCAUUCAAGCAGUGGACACCCCUCACUUUAUUACGUUCACUGAGUGGAGCACAGUAGACAUCAGCUGUGUUCUGUAUGUAUCGGCUGUUAUGUUGUCCUCUUAUGUCUUUAUUUAUUCAUGAAGAUUUCUUAUUCUAUGAUGAAACAUUAACAUUCUGAGAUUAGUAACUUAAAUGAAAAUGUGCUUAUACAUAAUUAAAAAUGUUCUUUUACUUAAAAGAAAAGCUUAGAUGGAUGGAAGAUGGGGUUUGUUUGCAAUUUCUACCCAGUUCAAUUUCUUUUUUUAUUAUGUACAAAGCAUUCGAUGCUCUGAUUUGUCUAAAUGCCUAACUUUAAAUGUAUUCCAUCAAUGCCAUGAACUCACUCUUUUAACAACAUGCACAAUCUAUAUGUAUGUAUGAUGUCAAAAUGGGUGUUGAAUUGAGAAACAAGAUAUCUGCUGUAUUUUAUAGAAUAUUUAAAGUACAGACAUUUUGCUGUAGGAUUCAUAUUUGAAAUGAGUUGCACAAUGCAUGUCAUGCUUCUGAAUGGAUUCUGACCUUGUCUCUCAGUUCGAAAACUGUUUUGAAUUCGCUUCAUUUGUUAAUUUGUAGUUUUCUUGCUUAAUGCAUGCUCUCAUUUUUCUGCCAUGUUUAAUGUCUUUAUUUGCCUACAAACAAACCACAUUUUUAUGAUAAGAUAAAAUUAUCUCUUAAUUAAACCAAUAAAAUAUUAAAGACCA